UCACGCUCACCCUGAAGGUGACAGUUCCUUGGAGCCUUCCCUGAUCUUCUUCGGGGGGGUCCCUGACUCCAGGGACCACUCUUCCCAGCUCAGCUCUGCACCCCCGCCCCCCCGCAGACGCAGCGGCCACCUUGAAAUCUCUACACCGAUCAUGUUCUCUGUGUUUGGACUCUCCAUCCCCAUCUCGGCCACAGAGCUUCUCCUGGCCUCUGCCACCUUCUGCCUGGUAUUCUGGGUGGUCAGGGCCUGGCAGCCUCGGGUCCCUAAAGGCCUGAAGAGUCCACCAGGGCCCUGGAGCUGGCCCCUGAUCGGGCACGUGCUGACCUUGGGGAAGAGCCCACACUUGGCCCUGUCGCGGCUGAGCCAGCGCUAUGGAGACGUGCUACAGAUCCGCAUUGGCUGCACACCCGUGCUGGUGCUCAGCGGCCUGGACACCAUCCGGCAGGCCCUGGUGCGGCAGGGUGAUGAUUUCAAGGGCCGGCCUGACCUCUACAGCUUCACCUUAGUCGCUGAUGGCCAGAGUAUGACCUUCAACCCAGACUCUGGACCAGUGUGGGCUGCCCGGCGACGCCUGGCCCAGAAUGCUCUCAACUCCUUCUCCGUUGCCUCAGACCCGGCUUCCUCAUCCUCCUGUUACCUGGAAGAGCAUGUGAGCAAGGAGGCCAAGCACCUCAUCAGCAAGUUCCAGGAGCUGAUGGCAGAGUCUGGGCGCUUUGACCCCUACAGGUAUGUAGUGGUGUCAGUGGCCAAUGUCAUCUGUGCCAUGUGCUUUGGCCGACGCUAUGACCAUGAGAGCCAAGAGCUGCUUAGCAUACUCACUCUGAGUAACGAGUUCGGGGAGGUGGCUGCCUCUGGGAACCCAGCCGACUUCAUCCCUAUCCUCCGUUACCUGCCCAACACUGCCCUGGAUGUCUUCAAGGACUUGAAUCAGAGGUUCUACAUUUUCAUGCAGAAGAUGCUCAAGGAACACUAUAAAACGUUUGAGAAGGGCCACAUUCGGGACAUCACAGACAGCCUGAUUGAGCACUGUCAGGACAAGAGACUGGACGAGAAUGCCAAUAUCCAGGUGUCAGAUGAGAAGAUCGUUAAUGUCGUCAUGGACCUCUUUGGAGCUGGGUUUGACACAGUCACAACUGCCAUCUCCUGGAGCCUCAUGUACCUGGUGACAAGCCCCAGGGUGCAGAAAAAGAUUCAGGAGGAGCUGGACACAGUGAUUGGCAGCGCACGGCAGCCCCGGCUCUCUGACAGACCCCAGCUGCCCUAUUUGGAGGCGUUCAUUCUGGAGACCUUCCGACAUUCCUCUUUCGUGCCCUUCACCAUCCCCCACAGUACCACAAGAGACACGAGUCUGAAUGGCUUUUACAUCCCCAAGGGGCGUUGUGUCUUUGUAAACCAGUGGCAGAGCAACCAUGACCAGAAGCUGUGGGAUAAUCCAUCUGCCUUCUGGCCAGAACGGUUUCUCACCGCUGGUGGCACCAUUAACAAAGCUCUCAGUGAGAAGGUGAUUCUUUUCGGUUUGGGCAAGCGGAAGUGCAUCGGUGAGACCAUCGCCCGCGGGGAGGUCUUUCUCUUCCUGGCCAUCCUCCUGCAGCAGGUGGAAUUCCGUGUGACCCCGGGUGUGAAGGUGGACAUGACCCCCAUUUACGGGCUGACCAUGAAGCAUGCCCCCUGUGAGCACUUCCAGGUGCACAUGCGCUCUUAGGGGACGGAGAGCCCUGUAGCCUAGACUCUCUACUGGCCUGUCUGGGCAGCCAGGCCAGGGGGCUGACCCAGGGAGUCUAAACUUUGGCCUAAACGCACAGAUAUUGUCUGGCUGACUUUUUGCUGUCUGAGCUGUGGGCAAACCUGAGAGAUUAUACCUGCCCCCUACCCUGGACUUGUCCUUCUGUGCACUGACCACAGACAGUGGACACAACAGGGGUCACACAGGAGCUGAUGGAGCCCUUCUGAAGUUGUGCUUAAGCUAGGAGGCCUGGAAGGGAUAGGGGGUCCUCAGGCCUCUGGAAACCUCUAAAGAGCUCUCUGGAAGCCCCUGGGCUCACCAGCUGGCUGGCUCUCUGUUCAGGCUGACUGGCUUGAGAAACAUUUAGAGCAGGCAACACCAGGGCCUGUCCAAUCUCUUUGACAAUUGGGAGCCGUCAAGAGUGAAGGGGAGGGAUUUCCCUGGUGGCGCAGUUGUUAAGAAUCCGCCUGCCAAUGCGGCGGACACGGGUUCGAUCCCUGGUCCAGGAAGAUCCCACAUGCCACAGAGCAACUAACCCCGUGCACCACAGCUACUGAGCCUGCACUCUAGAGCCCAUGAGCCACAACUACUGAGCCCGCGUCCUGCAACUACUGAAGCCCCCAUGCCUAGAGCCCGUGCUCCGCAACAAGAGAAGCCACCGCAGUGAGAAGCCCGCGCACCGCAACGAAGAGUAGCCCCCACUCGCCAUAACUAAAGAAAGCCUGUGCGUAGCAAUGAAGACCCAAAGUAGCCAAAAAUAAAUAAAUAAAUUUAUUAGGGGGAGAAAAAAAAGAGUGAAAGGGAGAGGCAGUCCAGGAUACCGACACAGUGGUGGUCUCCCCGCUUAUACAAGACUGAGCAAUCUGACCACUAGGGUCUGGGACACUGUGCCUGGGAGAUCGCCUUCCUCUCUGCAGGCAGCAACAGGUCUGCCUCCUGGCCUUGCAAGGUCCCUGUUCCUGUCCAGGAUGGGCUGGGGACUUGUGUUUAAGGGGAGCAGAGAGCAGAGGGAGUGCCCAAAUCCAGGCACCAGGACCAGGUCAGGAGGGAAGGGGUAGUAAUUCAAUCACCUUCUACUGGGUCUCCUUUCCCUAUGCCCUGUGUUAAAACGUCUUUUAAAAAUGUUUGUGUGCAAGGGCCUUUUUAUUUUAGCCUGUAUUGUACUUGUAUGUUUGCGUUUACCAUAUAUGAGAGCUUAAGAACAGUUUAUUGAGUGCUAUGGAAAAAAUUCUAACCCAAGUAUCCAGAAAUGUGUGGGAAGCAUCUACCUGAGCUAAAUAAAGAUAUUAUCCAAAAGUCGUA